AUGUCCAUUCUAUUAGUUCUUAGCCUCAUUGGGGUUGUGGUGUUUGAUAGGGGUUACAGCAUAGAUAUGCCACUUCCCCUGCUUUUGAAUUCAUCUUUGAUUUGGAUGUCGGAUAAGCAUUUGAUUUGGAUCAAAAUAUUCUUUAACUAUAUCAACAACCUCUCCCCAAUCAAGCCAGUCAAAUCCGUGCAUGUAACUCAGACAUUCAACCCGCUUAGUUUUGCAUCACUGCCCUCUAUUUUCACUUCGCCCCAUGUCAGCUCUCACAAGGAAUCUAGGUUCCUUAAAUGCUCUACAGAUCCAUCGAAACCCAAGUUGUCUUCUGCAGAUGGGACUAAAGUGAGUACGAUCGAGGAGGCGGGUGUGGAUGUCCAGGAGAAUUUUGAUCCAGGAGUUUCCCUGGGUGAGGUUUCUUUUGAUAUGGAUAAUGAACCAUCAAGGAUUGCAAUCGAGCUGCCACAGACCUUAAAAUAUGAUUACGGUAGCCCUGGCUGUGAUCCAACACCUUGUGUAAUCGAAAUGAAUUGUGUCUCUCAAUCAACCUUCAAAUCUAUCGCAAUUGUUCCGUUCGUUCAAGAGGCCUCUCAAAAAGGUUUAUCAGAGGAAGUUCAAGAGUCCUCUGAAAAAGGUUUAUUGCCGAAUGGGAACUUCGAGUAUGGGCCAAAGCCAUCAGAGCUGAAAGGAACAAAAGUGAUGAUCCCCAAAGCCAUUCCCAACUGGGAAAUUUCAGGCUAUGUUGAGUACAUAAAAUCAGGUCAUAAACAAGGCGGCAUGUUGCUAAUAGUACCCGAAGGUGCAUUUGCUGUUAGGUUAGGCAAUGAGGCCCUCGUUAAGCAGAAGAUUAAGGUCACUAAGGGCAUGUUCUACUCUCUAACCUUCAGCGCGGCUCGAACAUGUGCACAAGAGGAAAGAUUGAACAUAUCGGUCUCGCCGAAUUACGAGAAAAACGACUUCGGUUUAUUACCGAUUCAAACAAUGUAUAGCAGCAAUGGAUGGGAUUCGUAUGCUUGGGCUUUCCAAGCUGAUGAGUCUGAAAUAGAGAUCUCGAUUCAUAAUCCGGGCGUGGAGGAAGAUGCAGCUUGUGGCCCUCUUAUCGAUUCGGUUGCAUUGAAGACCUUGUACCCUCCGAAACGUACCCGAGCCAAUCUACUAAAGAACGGAAAUUUCGAAGAAGGUCCUUAUAUCUUCCCGAAAAUGACUUCGGAAGGAGUUAUAAUUCCACCCCAAAUCGAAGACGAACACAGUCCUUUACCAGGAUGGAUAAUUGAAUCCCUGAAAGCCAUUAAGUACAUUGACAGUGAACAUUACUCUGUUCCUGAAGGCAAAAGAGCCAUCGAACUGAUCGGCGGAAAAGAAAGUGCUGUGGCUCAGAUCGUUAAGACGACAAUCUGGAGAACCUAUGCGCUGACAUUUGCCGUUGGUGAUGCUAACAACGGAUGCGAAGGUCCCAUGAUGCUCGAAGCAUUUGCAGGCAAGAACACCGUGAAGGUGUCGUAUAACUCCAAGGGCAAAGGAGGAUUCAAACCGGCUAUUCUCAAGUUCAGGGCCGAGUCGGAACGAACACGGAUUAUGUUCUAUAGCACAUUUUACACCAUGAAAAGUGACAACUCGGGUGCUCUUUGUGGACCCGUUUUGGAUGAUGUGAAGCUGCUUAGUGUCCGAAAUUCGCAUCACCUGUAAUUAUCAGUGCUUGAAAAAUGAUUGUUGCAUUCCUUAGGCAACAAAUCGAUUUGCUCCGUUCAUUUAGGGGUAACAAACACAAAGAGGGUUUACCGGUUUAGUGGAAACAAUAAUGGAUCUAUCAAACUUUUGAAUUCUGGUAUAGUUUAAUUUCA